AUGAAGGUGGUGCGAUCUUAUUAGACGAACAAGCAUUAAGAAUUUUGAAAAAAAUUGAAGAACCUAUUGCCGUUAUAACAGUUGGUGUAGUUGUUAUUGAUUGUGAGGGUAUUGAUGAUCCUAACCAGGAAGCUCCAUGGGCAAAUAAACUUAUUAUUUUAUGUUUGGCCAUCUCUUCAACACUUAUAUAUAAUAUUAAUGGAAUUAUCGGAAGAGAUGAUAUUGAAAAGUUAUUCCUAAUGACUAAAAUCGUAUCUCUUAUACAACCUCCAAAUGAUUACCAAUAUUUGCCGAACUUAGUCGUUCUUCUUCGAGAUGGCCAAUUAGAUAGCCCACAUGACUUUGUAGAGUAUUUUCUUGACAGAUUAUCAAAGGUUGAUUAUGAUGAUCCUAUUUUUGUUGAAAAAAUUGAAGAAGCAGUAACAAAUAUUUUUGAAGAUUUGCCUCCAAAAUACCUUAAUGCUUCAACAAUGUCAGGAAUAACUUUUGCUGAGUUUCUUGAAAGAUGUGUCGUACAAAUAAAUGACCCAUCAAAUACAAUGUUGUCGAUUCCAAGUGCAUAUGAAGCUACCAUUAAUUAUGCUGCUCAAAAAGCAUAUGAAACCUGUAUUGAACUUUAUAAUGGAAUGAUGAAUGAAAUGAGUAUUAAAGGAUUUCCUAUUUCUUGGGAUGAGUUUGAAGAGAUUCAUAAUAUCGCAUUUGAAUCUGCGCUUAAAAAUUUCAUUAAACAAAUCGUUGGGAGCGCUGAUCAAAUUCAAUCAUUUCAAAAAACAUUUCAUGAUAAAAUUACCGCCUCAAAAAAUCAAUUUUACAUGAAAAACUCUACUGCCAUGAGCAAAUAUCAUGAAGAAUGGGCACAUAAACUCUGGAAAAAGAAUGUCGCGCCUGGAUUGGAGAUUGAAAAUCUUUUUGUAAUUAACAAUUUCUUUUAUGUUACUUAUUUAAAAAUUGAUACGGACAAAUUUGAAGAAGCAAUUAAAUUAUUUGAACAAUCUUAUGAAUCUAUAGUAAUGCCAGGACAGGAAGCUAUACAAGUGCUAACCGAAUUUAAAUCCAACCAAUAUGAAGAUGCCAUUAAACUCUUGAAUAUUUAUGGCAUCUUGCGUGAAGAACGUGCAAAUGAAAUGUUGGCACUGAAGAGCAUGGAAGAAUGUCUUCGCAAUCAGAAACAACAGAGUCAACAAGCAAUCGAUCAUAUGAAAAUCGAGAAUGAACGAAUGCUUAAAGAACAGAAUCAGCAGAAUCAACAAGCAAUCAGACAACUAUUAGAAGAUAAUGAGAGAAAGACUAGGGAACAGAAAAAGGAGAAUCAACGAUUAAUAGAUCAGCAAAAGGCUGGUUAUGAGCGAAUGCUAAAGGAAGUCAGAGCAGAACACCAGUCGACAGUAAAUAGUUUGCAAAGUCAACUCAAUAAAAAUGUCCAAAAGAAAUCUAGUUUUUUAGAUGGAGUGAAAGAAGUUGCUGCUACUAUAGAGGCCCAACGGUGCAUACCCAAAGGCACUACCGGUCUGCUUAUAGCUAAGCAACCAGGACAAAUUUAUUACCUGCCCAGAAUUUUGG